ACCUUUUCCAUACCCGCCUCAUUUAACUGCCCCCACUCACCCCCCUCCAUGGCUCCGGAUCUCCGUACCCCGCUGAUGCUCUGGCUCCUGGCUGCCUGCCCCGCGGCGGGGCAGAAGGGGGAUGACAAAUACCCCGUGGUGAACACCAACUACGGGCGGCUGCGCGGGGUGAAGAAGGACCUGAACAAUGAGAUCCUGGGACCGGUCGUGCAGUAUCUGGGGGUCCCGUAUGCCACCCCGCCGGUGGGAGAGCGGAGGUUCCAGCCCCCCGAGGCCCCGGCGUCCUGGACGGAGAUUCGGAACGCCACCGGCUUCGCCCCGGUCUGCCCCCAGAACCUGCACGGGAUGCUGCCGGGGAUCAUGCUGCCGCUCUGGUUCACCGAGAACAUGGACGUGGUGGCCGGCUACGUCCAGAACCAGAGCGAGGACUGCCUGUACCUCAACGUCUACGUCCCCCUGGAAGACGGUCCCAUUUCCAAAUCUCGGGAGGACCCCAGAAAGUCUCAGCACACUCCAGAUGAAGACAUCCGGGACAGCGGGAGGAAGCCCGUGAUGAUGUUUAUCCACGGAGGAUCCUACAUGGAGGGAACGGGGAACAUGUUCGAUGGCAGCGUCCUGGCCGCUUACGGCAACGUCAUUGUGGUGACGAUAAACUACCGGUUAGGAGUACUGGGCUUCAUGAGCACCGGUGACCCGGCGGCUAAAGGUAACUACGGGCUGCUGGACCAGAUCCAGGCGCUGCGGUGGCUGGAGGAAAACAUCGGACAUUUCGGGGGAGAUCCUGAAAGAAUUACCAUCUUCGGCUCGGGGGCCGGAGCCUCCUGUGUCAGCCUCCUCAUCCUCUCCCACCACUCAGAAGGACUCUUCCAGAAAGCCAUCGCACAGAGUGGGACGGCCAUAUCCAGCUGGUCUGUCAACUACGAGCCCCUAAAAUACACGCGAAUGCUGGCGUCUAAAGUGGGGUGUGAUUACCCAGAGAACUCUGAGAUGGUGAGCUGCUUACGGCGGAAGCCCUACAGAGAUCUGGUGGAUCAGGACAUCCAGCCGGCCCGUUAUCACAUCGCCUUCGGCCCUGUCGUCGAUGGAGAUGUGGUGCCAGAUGACCCCGAGAUUUUAAUGGAGCAAGGGGAGUUUCUGAACUACGACAUCCUUAUGGGGGUGAACCAGGGAGAGGGUCUUAAAUUUGUUGAGGACACCUUUGACAAUGAGGAUGGGAUCUCCGCCAGUUACUUUGACUUCACGGUGUCCAACUUCGUGGACAACCUCUAUGGCUAUCCAGAGGGAAAGGAUGUCCUCCGGGAAACGAUUAAGUUUAUGUACACAGACUGGGCAGACCGUGACAACGGAGACAUGAGAAGAAAGACCUUACUAGCUCUCUUUACUGACCAUCAGUGGGUGGCACCUGCAGUGGCCACGGCGCGUUUCCACGCAGAAUACGAGUCCCCCGUCUACUUCUACGCCUUCUACCACCGCUGCCAGGCGGAAGGGCGACCAGAGUGGGGGGAGGCAGCACACGGAGAUGAGGUUCCCUAUGUCUUUGGUGUCCCUAUGGUGGGAGCCACGGAUCUCUUUCCUUGCAAUUUCUCCAAAAACGACGUCAUGCUGAGCGCCGUGGUCAUGACCUACUGGACCAAUUUUGCCAAAACCGGUGAUCCCAACCACCCUGUUCCCCAGGACACAAAGUUCAUCCAUACCAAGCCCAACCGCUUUGAGGAAGUGGUAUGGACAAAGUUCAACCCAAAGGAGAAGCAAUACCUACAUAUCGGCCUGAAGCCCCGCGUAAGGGACAACUAUCGUGCCAACAAGGUUGCCUUCUGGCUGGAGUUGGUGCCCCACCUCCAUAACCUCAACACUGUCCUCCAUACUUCAACCACCACCCGGCUGCCCCCGAAAAACAACCGUUGGUCACCCGGGCCCAAAACGAAGGACGGAACAGGUACAGGGAGCACCACUCGACGUCCUCAUUCCACCCUCCCUCCUGAUCUGGAUGAUGGAGAUGACAUGGAAGAGCGUCCUCGAUUCUCACCUUUUCCCGGGGACUCCCGUGACUACUCCACAGAGCUGAGCGUCACGGUGGCCGUGGGAGCUUCGCUUCUCUUUCUUAACAUCCUCGCCUUUGCUGCUCUUUACUAUAAGAGGGAUCGGCGUCACGAGCUUCGGCAGAGACGCCACAGUCCAGGGCGAGGGGCACCCGGAAACGAUUUGUCACACCACGGGCCAGAGGAGGAGUUAAUGUCUCUCCAGAUCAAGAGGGGCGGCGGGGCCCCAGACCUUGAGCCGCUAAGACCACAUGAUAUACUCCGUCCAGCUUGUCCCCCCGACUACACCUUGGCUCUGAGAAGGGCCCCUGAGGAUGCCCCUCUACCUCCACCCCCUCCGCCUCCUGCCUCUGUAAUGGCACCCAACACCAUAUCAGGCCUCCCCUCAUUACACCCAUUUAAUACCUUUCCUACCACGGCCCAUAAUAAUACCCUACCCCAUCCGCAUUCCACCACAAGGGUAUAGGGGUGCCAGAUGUCUCCCUCUCUGCCCACUUAUUGCCCCUGUCUUCCCCCUCCUCGUGCAAACAGCUUCAUGGACUCAGUGGGCCUACCACACCUGAGAUGGAUUUUGCCUUAUGGCAAGGAAUGGGGGUAGAUUUAGUGACCUUUUUAGAGGGGGAAGCUUAGAAAGAAACUACCAACCACGACCCCCAUUCCUUUCAUCCUCCUCCUCAGGCUUUAUAAACCACAAUACGGAUCAACGAAGCCUUUCGGGUGCCGAGUCCGAGCGGGAUUGUCCUGCCCACGACACAGAGAAAGCAGGGUCCAAAAUACCGCGGACUGGCAAACGGGAAGUGGGGAGGGGGGUAAAUGGAUCUGGGAAAAGAGACACGUACCCCCUGUUUCUCUGUUUAGAGGGGGAAGGGGAGAGCAGUUAAAGGAGGAAGAAAGGCCUAGUUGAUUAGGCCAAAGCCUCCACAGACUCACUUCUACACCGGCUUUAUUUUUUUUUUCCUGGAAGAUGUUAAUUUGACGGGGGUGUUACAUUGGGUGUCGGGGCUCAGAUGCCCCCAGCCUGGUGUGUUAAAUGCACUGAGUCCCAGAGGACCAUACAGCUCCUAAAUGGCUAACAUGGCGUAUGCAAUGUACGGCGAUGGGAGCGGGGAGGGUAGGAGCUGUCCGCCCCCCCCCCCGGUGGAGAGGGAGAUUGGAAAUGAAUGUACUGGGGGAGGAGUGCAUGAUAGGCCAAAAUACCCCUCCCCCCACACACAGUGCCAAUGACUCCUACCCACCUCUUGGAUAGGGCAGCUCGGCUGGUGUACAGAGAGGUGGUUGGAUGGGUAAAGGUUAGAUGCCUUUUCACUGCCAUAAAAUCCCCAUAUUGCCCUCUAGGUAGAAAAGGAGAGGGGCUGUUUGUGUGCCAAAAUAUUAGCUGACGGGGUAACUGUCUUAAAUAAUAAGGGUGUUUGCUUCUCUCUGUACUUCCUCCUCCCAUUCCCCACUCCUUUUACUUCCUCCUCAAUUUACUUCCUUUCCGCUGCCCCGACACUUCCCACUCCCUACUCCUUAUACUGCCUUCU